AUGGAUAAAUCAUCAAACUUUGAUGAAAAUUCUGAUGUGGGUUAUCACCCUUCACCUUCUGAUACUCUUGCUUUUUCCACAUUGAGUGGAGAUUCUUUUCAAUUAUGCCAAAACUGGACAAGCUCAGAGUCAGAGACUGUAGAUGAUAGCAGCUAUGCUAGUGAACCUUCACCUUCUCGCUGGACGGCGCUUAAACCCGGGGCUAAACAGGUUAUUCUUUCAAAACUAGGAAUGAAACUGCGCAAGCCUUCAAUGGAUGAUAAACUUAGUGGCGGCGAUCUCUUGGAUUCAGCUGAGCUUGACAUGAUGAAGGAAAGAUUUGCAAAGCUUCUGCUGGGAGAAGACAUGUCUGGUAGCGGGAAAGGAGUUUGCACUGCAGUUACAAUCUCAAAUGCCAUUACCAAUCUCUAUGCAACUGUAUUUGGACAAAGUUUGAAAUUGGAACCACUAAAGCCUGAGAAAAAGGCUAUGUGGAAAAGGGAAAUGAAGGUUCUUCUAUCAGUGUGUGAUUACAUACAAGAAUUUGCUCCAACUGCACAGUAUUUAGAAGAUGGCACAAUUGUGGAGAUGAUGAAAAGCAGGCCAAGGUCAGACAUCUAUAUCAACCUUCCUGCACUACAGAAGCUUGACACAAUGCUCAUAGAAAUAUUAGAUACUUUCGAGGAUAGUGAAUUUUGGUAUGCAGAGAACAUAUCAGGGAAUUCAAAUCGAUUACGUGCAGCCUCGUUUCGAAGGAUUGUUCCAAGGAAAGAUGAGAAAUGGUGGUUGCCAGUUCCUUGUGUUCUCCCUGGUGGCCUCUCUGACAAGUCAAGAAAGCAUUUGAUAGAGAAAAGGGAUUGUGCUAAUCAAAUUCAUAAAGCAGCCAUGGCAAUAAAUAGCAAUGUUCUUGCAGAAAUAGACAUCCCAGAAACAUAUAUUGAUAACCUUCCCAAGAGUGGACGAUCAAGUAUAGGGGACACGAUUUACCACUAUAUGUACAAUGCAGACAAGUUCUCACCUGAAAACCUUCUUGACUGUCUCAAAAUAAGUUCUGAACAUGAAGCACUUGAGCUAGCAGACAGGGUUGAAUCAUCAAUGUACUCAUGGAGACGUAAAGCUUGUCUAAGCCAUGCAAAGACAUCAUGGAACAAAGUAAAGGAUCUCAUGGCUGAGACAGACUAUAAGGACAAAAACUACAUCUUAGCUGAGAGAGCUGAGACUUUAUUGUUGUGCCUGAAGCUAAGAUAUCCUGAACUUUCACAAACUUCUUUGGAUACAUGCAAGAUCCAAUACAACCGGGAUGUAGGGAAAUCAGUACUAGAGAGUUAUUCAAGAGUUUUGGAAGGCCUGGCAUUCAACAUUGUAGCUUGGAUUGAAGAUGUUCUUUAUGUAGAUAAUUCAAUGAGAAAUCGAGAUGUAUAG